AUGGCCGCCCAGGAUUCUUCGGCCAAAUUCGCCCGUUUCGCGCCACCAUCUUUCAAUUACCCAAACACGAGCCUCCCUCAAUCUCACCUUUGCACCCUCGAACCAAGGAAAGAUCGAACCGGCACCUGCAAGGCUGCAACCCCUGCUUUUGCGGCUCGCUGCGCCGCCAUGCUCACCGAGCCGCCACUGGCACCCUCACCGAGGGCAGCCCCACUCACACCUUCUCAGGACGAUUCGACGAGAGCACAGGGUCCUAGGUUGCCCCCUGAAGCUCACAGGACACUCAAGUGGCUGAAUCGGACACCGACCCGCUGUUUCCCCUCGCGCGCCGACGAGUACGAGCUGGGCCGUCGCCGCCCAUGCCGCCAUCCGACGUCUGUGCCUUCCGACUCGUAG